AUGGUCUCUUCUUCUUCUUCUUCUUUCUCUAUGUUCUUCAUAGUGAUGACUGCUUUCUACUUGGUUUCUCCGGUGAGAUCAAGCGACGUUGAAGCUCUUCUGACUCUAAAAUCAUUCAUUGAUCCAUCAAACUCAAUUCCAUGGAAAGGAACAGAUCUCUGCAACUGGGAAGGAGUCAAAGAAUGCAUUAACGGAAGAAGAGUCUCAAAGCUUGUUCUUGAGAAUCUAAACCUCACUGGCUCACUAGACGAGAAGAGCCUAAACCAAUUAGACCAGCUAAGAGUUCUCAGCUUCAAAUCCAACUCUCUCUCUGCUUCAGUCCCUAACCUCUCUCGUUUACUCAAUCUCAAAUCGCUUUUCCUCAACGACAACAACUUCUCCGGCGAGUUCCCUGAGUCGUUAACCUCUCUCCACCGCUUGAAAACCGUUGUUCUUGCAAGAAACCGGUUUUCCGGCAAGAUCCCGACCUCGCUUACCCGUCUCUCCCGGCUUUACACUCUCUACCUUCAGGACAAUCUCUUCUCCGGCUCUGUUCCUCCUCUCAACCAAGAAACUCUCAGAUUCUUGAACGUCUCCAACAAUCACCUCUCCGGCCAAAUCCCAACGACAAGAUCGCUGAGUCAGUUCAAUGAGUCGUCGUUUACCGGUAACAUUGCUCUCUGCGGCGAUCAGAUUCAAAACUCAUGCAGACAAAAGAAUGAAACUUCGAAGCCGUCGGCGAUUCCUGUAGCCAAAAAGCAGAGCAAAACAGAGCUCAUUGGAAUCAUUGCAGGGAGCAUCGGUGGCGGAAUUUUGUUACUUCUUGUUCCAUUGCUUUUAAUAUGUUUGGUACAGAGACUCCGAAGAAGCAAACCCAAGAGAGAAGAGAGGAGAAGCAAAGCCGUGGCAGAGUCAGAAGGAGGAGGCACCACCACCAGUGACCGGAAAAACAAAAGCUUCUCAUGGGAGAGAGGAGGAAGCGAAGAGAAAGAAUCAGUGGGGACUCUGGUUUUCUUGGGAAGAAGUGAAUCAGACAUCAUGAGGUACACCAUGGAUGAUCUACUCAAAGCUUCAGCUGAAACGUUGGGAAGAGGAACGUUGGGAAGCACUUACAAGGCGGUGAUGGAGUCUGGCUUCAUCGUCACGGUAAAGAGACUCAAAGACUCUGGCUUUCCUCAAAUGGAGGCAUUCAAGAGACAUAUUGAGAUUCUUGGAAGGCUCAAGCACCAUAAUCUUGUUCCUCUUAGAGCUUAUUUCCAAGCUAAAGAAGAGUGUUUGCUUGUUUAUGACUACUUCCCUAAUGGAAGUCUCUUCUCUCUUAUCCAUGGAAGUAAGGUUUCAGGGAGUGGGAAGCCACUUCACUGGACAUCAUGUCUAAAAAUAGCAGAGGAUUUAGCAAUGGGUUUAGUCUACAUUCAUCAGAAUCCUGGCUUGACACAUGGGAACUUGAAGUCAUCUAAUGUUCUGUUAGGUCCUGAUUUCGAGUCUUGCCUCACAGACUACGGUCUUAGCGACCUUCAUGGUCAUGAUGACUUAGUUGAAGACAACACAAGUGUAGCAGCUUCUCUCUUUUACAAAGCUCCAGAGUGUAGAGACUUGCGCAAGGCCUCGACACAACCAGCUGAUGUCUAUAGCUUUGGUGUCCUCCUUCUUGAGCUUCUAACAGGUAAAGCUUCGUUCCAGGACCUACACGUGUCUGAUAUCUCGAGAUGGGUGCGUGCGGUGAGAGAGGCAGAGACAGAUUCAGGAGAGGAGAUGAGUUCUUGUGAGGAGAAACUUCAAGCUCUUUUGAGCAUAGCCACUGCUUGCGUGGCUGUUCGGCCUGAAAACAGGCCUGUGAUGAGAGAUGUGUUGAAGAUGGUGAAGGAUGCAAGAGCCGAAGCAGCACCGUACUCAUCUUACAGCAGUGAUCAUUCGCCUGGAAGAUGGUCAGAUACUGUUCAGAGCUUUCCAAGGGAGGAUCAUAUGAGCAUAUGA